UGUCACAAUAUGUCAUAUAGAAUCACGUUCUUCACACGUAAUGGCGAAUUCUAUAUAUGUCGUCCUAUUUAGUAUCGUCUGUAUUAAAGUUUCUCUUGCAGACGAUCCUUGCCAAACGUAUAAGUCAUUUCCUAGCGAAGACCGACGGGACACGUUAUACGAACUUGGAGAUUCGGAAUCUCCUGUUAGUGACAAAUACAUAGCUGAAGCGUGGUAUGGCAGCCUGAUGGGUCUGGCAACAUCACCGCCAGGAGCCUAUAAAUGUGGGACCUUUUUCCCAGUGUGGGCUAAACAAGAGGUGGUCGUUGGCGAUGGAAGUGUAGAUGUGACCGUGUGUACACAAAUACCAGACAACGACUGUGCCGAAUCGUUUAUCAUAAAAGCGAAAGAAUGUGGGUCAUAUAAAGUCUAUGACCUCAAACGGACAGCCGCAGAUUCCAGCUACUGUUUUGCUGCUAAAGACGGAGAUUUACUGUGCAGUCAGAGCGAGUCUUCAAGCGGAUUCAGCAGCCAGCCUGCCCACUUUCAGUCAAGUGAAAUACGUAGGAAUAAAGGUAUUUGCGCGCGCACCUGCGUGACUGUCUACUAA